AUGAACACAAGCGCGCGCAAGUACGACCUGCGUCAUCACAUUUCAACUAGAUCAUUUUAUAAAAGGUAUGUGGAGGGCCACGAAGAGGUGCCCCGGACAAGCAGUUACAGAAAAAGAAUACUGCAGUCAGUUGACCAGAGGAGAAAUGAACAGCCAUCCUCAAAAAGACUAAGAGAGACUGCUCUUGAAACACAUCAUGGGGAUUUGUUGUCACAAGAUGAUUAUAUGGGACAAGUCCCCUUUACUUUGGAUGAGACUACAGGGCCUCACAAGCCUGAAAAUGUGCAGCCAAUAUGUGUUGUCCAAGCUUUGAGAAACAGUGAACACAGUGAUGAACCCGAUGAUGUAGUUACAUCUAAAGAGAAUCUUAUGGAUGAGGAACACGGUGAUGAUAAUGGACAAGGAGAUCCGCUUUCUUCAGACUUGAUCCAUGGAAUGCCUCUACGUAUUGGCCCUCCGAACAACCACACUGAGGCAACCACAACAGCACCACGUGAGAUGGUGGAUGAUGCCGCCUCUCCCAAGAGCGCCAACACCUCUCCAGACAACCCUAGUUGA